AUGAGCAGGCGCGCGACUCCUCUCCUCCGCCUGAUCGAGAAUAUAACAACCAACUCCCGCAAUAAGCCUCAACACUUGCCAAAGAAAUACAGUCUACAGAUUGCAUGCCACGUCAAACCGAACGCCUCCAGCUCCCGAGAAGGUAUCAUAGCGGUGGGAGCAGAGAAAGUAGAUGUCUGCGUUGCCGCGGUGCCCAGGAACGGAGAGGCGAACGCAGCUGUAUCGCGGGUUUUUGCCCAGAUAUUUGACGUCCCCAAGUCCAAUGCGGAAGUAAUCCGUGGCUUGAAAUCGCGCGACAAGACUCUUUGUAUCACUGAUCUGGACAUUGGGAAAGAUGGAGAAGAGCAAUUUCUAAAAGGAGCUCGUCGGAGACUGGAGGAGGCAAUCAUUAACAAUAGUUGA